ACGAUGGUGAUCAUGCUAGACUCUGCAUGUUCAUUUGCUCUGGUAGUUGUAAACUGACCCACUCACUCUCUAUUUCCGAAUGACCCAACGGCCAUUCCCACCUUGAGCCCCUAAACCUUAAAAAAUAUUUUAAUGAUAUUUUUAAAUCUCUUAUCUCCAAAUUUAAAACCAAGUUACACAGAGAAAAAAUUCCCAAGAAAUGGCAAACAAAUCUCCCGUUUUCCCAAUGCCGGAGCCUCAACAUUUCAGCGACUACGGAUUCGACCCACAAAUCAACUACUUUCAGUUCUUGGAAGAAGCAAGAAAUCAUAAGCAAGAAACAGUACCAAAAUCCAUAGAUUCUUUACAUUUCAAGCUUCAAAAACCCAUUUCAAAAGACGAUCACUUCACCAAAAGAAAAACCCUCAAGAACAAGAAGAAAAAAUGGUGGAAAAAAGCUUUCUUGUUCUUGAAAUUCAAAUGGAUUCACAUUCAACACGAUGAAUAUGAUUUCGAAGACGUGCAUAAAGCCAGGGCUCGAGCGUUUCGAUCGUCAGUGUCGGGUCCAGUUUAUAUUACUGAAAGCUGCACAAGUGGAUCGAAUACUCCGUAUAGAGCUACGACCCGACGGCCAACUUCAGGGCCGAUUGCCGGAACUUUAACGCCGGCGAGAAGUGAUGACUUGGGGAUACCGUAUUUGAGUCUUAGAGAGCUUAACAUGGAACAGCAAGAGUACCAACGGUUUUCUACUUCUACUACGCCGAUUUAUUUGGUUACUUGACCAAAAUGGUUCGGUUCUUGAUGGGUUUGAUUCUGAUUUUCUUGAAGAAUGUUAUGGAACUGACCACCGAAUUGUGGGCUUUUGAUUUGAUUAAUUAGAGGGUUAAUCGUUGUUAAUUGUUUAAUCUUUUUGGUUUUCCUUUCAUUUUCAGCUGUGUAAAAAGGUGCGAAAAGGUGCUUGCUUUUGAUAGUUUCUUUGUGUUGCUCACUUUAUUGAUUUCUGCCAUUAAUGUGACUGAUCAGUAGCGGUUUGACUAUGUCACUACACUCA